GUCUCCUCCCCCAGCCCUUCCGUUAUCUCGGCCGUGCCGUAACGGCGGAAGGAUCGUGUUUCCUCGUGCGGUUUGCGCGAGCAGCAGCUGCUAAGCGAAGGACGUGCUGCUCGGCCGGGCUGGAAGCGAGGCGUUGCCGAGCGUGCUGUUUGGGUCGUCUGCUGCGGCCUAUUGAACAGCCGAGAAAGCAGGAAUUUCCCCUGCAGCGCUCUAGUUUUCUACGGAUGACGUUUUUAUUUAAGGUGUUUGCGCGCUUCAGGAAGCUCAGUCUGGGUUGCUGUUUCUUGAAUCGUUCCCCGAGGGGCAGUUGAAGACAAGAUGAAGAGGUUGAAUAGUACUUCUGGGAUGUGAAGUGACGGCCUCCAGUCGCACCAGGGGAGUUUUAGUGACACCAGGAAGGAUAAGGGUGGUUAGGUGCUGGAGCCGGCUGCCCAGGGCAAUGCAGAGUCACACACCACAGAGAUUUUCAGGAGAUGUAUGGACAGGAGGCUUAGGGGCAUGCAUUUCUGGUGGAUGGAGUAGUAUCAGAUUGGUGGUUGGACAUGAUGAUCUUAAGGGUCUUCUUCAACUUGAAAGAUUUAGUAAGAGCCUGUUGUUGUGUCUAAAGGACAUGAGAAUAUCAGUAUUUGGUGAUUGGUUUCACAAAUGUUUCCAUGUGCAAUGGUUAUUUGAGUUAUUAUCUGGAGUAUGACUUUUUCUACAAAAAAAUAACCAAACAAACCAACAGCCUAACAUUUCUGUAUUUCUGUUGUUGGUGUCUCAAAGUGCUUUUACUAGAUAUUCCAUCAUUGAGGUAUUGUAUGUUGAUACUGGAAUCGUUUUAAAACCCAUUUCAAGCUGUUGAUCCACAGCCAUAAAGUACUAUUUUUUCUAGGAUUGUUAUGUGACAACUUAAAAUUUUCAUAUGAAACUUGAAAAUGGCUUCAAGAGGAACAACAGAGACCAGUAAACUGAAACAAAACUUGGAAGAGCAGUUGGACAGGCUAAUGCAGCAGCUUCAAGAUCUGGAGGAAUGCAGAGAGGAGCUAGAUGCAGAUGAGUAUGAAGAAACCAAGAAAGAAACUCUAGAACAGCUGAGUGAGAUCAAUGACUCACUGAAGAAGAUUAUGUCUGGAGAUAUGACGUUGGUGGAUGAGCUCAGCGGCAUGCAACUGGCAAUACAGGCAGCCAUCAGCCAAGCAUUUAAAACUCCAGAAGUAAUUAGAAUGUUUGCAAAGAAACAACCAAGGCAAUUGAGGACAAGGUUGGCAGAGAUGGACCGAGACCUAAUGGUCGGGAAGUUGGGACGAGACCUGUACACACAACAGAAAGUUGAAAUCCUGACUGCCCUCAGGAAGCUUGGUGAGAAGCUGACACAAGAGGAUGAAACCUUCUUGUCAGCAAAUGCAGGUGCAGCCCUGAGCCAGUUUGAGAAAGUCUCCUCUGACCUCGGAUCAGGAGACAAAGUCUUCGCUCUAGCAAACUUUGAAGUAGAGAAGGCAAAGCAAUGAAGAGGUGUGUGAGACCUGUGAGACUCGAGUCUCUCCUGUUGUCAGCAGAAUUGGACUUUGGUCAUAUUGUAAUAGUUUGAUUUUUUUUUUUUUUUUUUUUUUUUUUUUUCUAUUUUUAAGAUGUUGCAAAAAACUAACAGCCCAUCACCAAACCUUAAGCCUCUCGGGUUCUUAAGCAGAAGAUAUGAAGUAAGCAGCCUUAAAGUGCACUUUGGAACAUUGGUGUCUGUGUACCCCUCAGUAACAUAAGUUCUGAGGUUAAACACUAAGUGGUACUCUGAAAACAAAACCUUCUUAUGACUGUCUUAGAAAAGAAUCAGCUAUUUUCAACUUUUCUGAAAGUGUAUUUCUCUAACUAUUAAAACAUACUCUUUUUGCAUAUUGUUGUAACAGGCAAUCUUUUUCAGGAGCAAUCCUAAAGAGUAAGUUGUUUUGGGGGUGAUUAUUGUAAUUGCUCUCAAACUCUUAAAUUUCAUUCAGGCUCCCUACUAAGUAUUACACACUAGGAAUUUGCAUAUUUGAAAAUUUGACGUGGUUUAUUUGAAAUGCCAUCUUUCUACAAAUUGUUUGCAGAAGAACCAAAAUGAGACUGUAUGCUGAUGGUUGGCCCUCUUCUACUUGUUUGCUAUGCACAUGAAUGAGUGCCAUUGUGUCCCGGCCGUGAUUGACAAACAAUGGAAGCCCUGUGGGGAGACUUCUGGAGUAAUUUAACCUCGUGUAUUGAAAUGACAGGGCAUUGCUAGGAAAUGGCAAUGAGAAAGCCCUUUCUGUUGACCUCUUACUUGAGCUCUGGGUAUAGAACUGCGUGCUACCGUUAUUUCCCAGGAUUUCUGAGGUAGCACAGAAUAGCAACCAAGUAGAAACAAGUUUAAAAAAAAAAAAGGGGGAGAAAGGUCUCAUUACAUAAUUGGUGCAAGUGUAGCUGUCUAAUUAUCAGGUGCUGCUGGUGUGCAGAGGGGAAGGUCAGUGCCUCCACAGGGAGCUUAAAACCCUGAAUCAUUUCAGAAGGAUUUAAAAUCUGGUCACAUGUUUAGCUCUGAUUGUGGAGAAUACUGCUUGGAACUUUAGAUCUGUUCGACUUUUUGAGAAGUUAUGUUUCGUAUUUCUUUGUGAAAUCAGUAUGAAAUAUCUUUUGUAUCUUUUUCUUACUGUACUGGCACCUUCACAUUGUCAUUCCAUACUUGUUAGUACUGAAUUAGUUGAGCUCACUGGAAGCCUCAGAUUUUUUAGGUUUUGUAGUUUGCAUUUCAAGUUUGCUUUACCCUUGGCAUACAUUCAGGUACUGAUCUAAUUUUAUCAGGAAAAACAACAAGAUGUUUCUUAAUUGAGCUUCAUACUUGUUCUCCUUCUUAUUCUACCCUACCAGUAGCUAGAGAAAAGGACGUAGAUGGGAUCUACAGGGAUGAAGGUGACUUGCUGUUCUGAGGAAUCCUGUAGUUAAUAUAGUGGAAUUACUGUGAGUAUCACAGGCUUUUCUGCAAGACCCUGAGCCUCAGUGAGAACUGCCAUUAAACCAAGUGGAAUGAAUGAAGUCUUAAAUUUCAAUGUUAAUGUCUGUCACUUAGAAUAAGUGGGUAACGUGAACUAUAAACAGAAAAUUAAUAUGAUCAGUCUUAAUUUAGAUGGCAUUUACAGGGAAUGAGUACAUUGUAAAUAAGUUUGUCUAAUUGUAAGUUAGGGCCUGGAGUAAAGUAAACCAGCAAAAUGGGAGUUUUAGAAUACUUUUGCUGAAAUAGAUAACAUUUUGAAAUCUAGUCUUUCAGAAGUGAAAGAAUGCGCAGCGUGGGCUGCAUGAUUUGCCUCCUGCACUUAUGGUUUACUCAUUUCUGUUUUUUAAGAAACUUUUGUUUAGAUGGGGGUCUUUUGUGCAUCAUAUCAGAAUUGUUUUCCUGUCUGGGGCAGCAUUAUCUUCUCUGACAAAGGCUGACUGCAGCUUUAUAGCUGAGAACAGCUUAUUAAAGGUGUUAUUAGACAGUCUAAAGUUAUUAAAAACAAAACAGUCCAUAGGGACUGUAGCUGCCUUCUUUUUUUUUCUGCUCAUUACUGGUGCUAAGUAACUCUUUUCCCUCUCCCAAACUGCUUGCAGCAUUAGCAUGUAAAUGAAAUCUCUCAGCAAUCCCCUAGAUCACAAUAAGUUUACUGUGCAAUUAAAUGGAAAUCUUUCCUUGCAGUUUCAGGGAGGUGUACGUUUCUGGACAAAACUUUUGAAAUUGAUUUGCAAACACUUGAGUUUUUUUUUUUUUUUUUUUUUUUUCCAAACUUCCCAUACUGCAGGCAGUUGUAGAGUUACCAUUAAACUGAUCUUUGACUCAGUACCAUCUUCAUGUUGUGCUGCUUCUCCUCUUGAAAAGAUCCCUUGUGAUUUAGGUGGGCAAAGAUGAGGCAGAGGAAAGACUAUUGACAGAUUCAGUUUACCCAGUCAAACUUCCCUUCCAGAAAGCACAGCUCUAACCCAGAGGCUGGUUAUUUCCUGUGGGAUAUUUGGGCUAUAAAUGUAAUUUAACCGGGAAGGUGUUGCCAAUAUGAGGCUAUUUAUAUGUUGGCUGGCCCUAGCAGAUAGUUCUUUAAGGUAACCUGCUUGAAGUGGUUAAAUGAAUGUCAGAGGUGUAGAAAGGUAAUUGGUGUGCUAUGCUGAAGAUACAGCCAAGUAAUUCUGAGAUGUACCUCCAUCAGUGUAUCUGAUGUUUCUCCAGGGGCUGGAAAAAAAAAGUGUUCUAUUUAUUAUAAUAAUCAUUUGCUCAAAUAAAAAUUGGUGACAAAAGAAAA